AUGCAUCAACCCCCUCCCCAACAGGGUUAUGGGGCACAACCCCAGCAGGGGUAUGCUGGAGUACCUCAGCAAGGGUAUGCCGGAGCACCUCAGCAGGGGUUUGCCGGACCUCCUCCUCAACAGGGGUUUGCCGGACCUCCUCCUCAGCAGGGGUUCAACGGAGCACCUCCUCAGCAGGGGUUUGCCGGCGGAGCACCUUCCCAGCAGGGGUUCGCCGGAGCACCUCCUCAACAUGGGUACGCCGGAGCACCUCAGCAGGGAUUCGCCGCAGCACCAACGCAGGGUAAUGGUAUACCCAUGCAGCAAGACACCACACCACAGACUGCCCCUCCUCAAGCGUACCCGCCGGGGUCGGAGCCGCCGGGUGUUGUCCAACAGGCUCCUCCACAACCCGCUGCAGGACAAGCGUGGAAGCCAGGAGCUACUGGCGAAGGCGCUGCCCCUUACAAGUGGGACAAUACUCCUGAUUCGGACCCGGAGGAUAACGAGAAUGCCUCGGAAGAUGUCGGAACUGGUCCUGAUGUGAAAGGACUGCAAACCGUACCUGGAUACGAAAACGUUGUGUUUGAUGAUGGUCAGCCCGUCCCUCCACCGGUCUAUGAGCCCCCAUCUGAACAGGAGCGACCACAAGAGACUUUUCAAAGUGCGGAAAAUAUUUCUGAAGAUGCCGUGAGGGCAGCCAUGUUGGCGUUCGUUGACAAAAAAUGUUGUUAUGGAUCCAGGCCAGCCAAACAGAUGGCCAUCAAGAACAUCAUUACCAGUAACGCUCUCCAUUAUAUUUUAGAGACAUUCACCGAAUCACGAACUACAUCCCGCAAAUUCAAACCACAUAGAGGCGGUCUUGUUGACGGUUUUGAAAACGGCAUGCCUCCGACUCCUUGGCAGAUGCUAAGCGAACCAAAUGAACUCUUCAAGACCCAUAAGAAACAUCAAGAAGUACCACACACGUCAUUUCUCAAGGGUUGUCACCGUUGCAAUUCGUGUGGUUUUGUCAGGUGUGCCCGAUGCUCGGGUAGAGGAACUGUACGUUGUGGACGAUGCCAUGGGAGCGGGUCAGUUACCGUACAUCGAAAUGGAGAAUCCCAUCGGCAGUCCUGCGGCUCAUGCGGAGGGAGGGGACGGAGAAGGUGUAUACGGUGUGGCGGGGACGGCAGAGUCACGUGUCCGGUCUGUGAAGGUUUCUGUACACUUCGACAUUACAUUCUCAUGACGGCGUCUUACGUUAACAAUGUAUCGGACUACAUCUUGGAAGGUACUGAUAUGCCAGAUGAACUUAUACGUGACGUCAGUGGCAAAGUCAUCUUCGAACAGGCUCUGCCGUGGGUGUGGCCGAUAUCCCAGUUCCCAGUGCAAGAGAUCAACACUAAUUCAAUCCGUAUUGUGGAUAGCCACCGUACUGCAUGGCCACAAGCUCGGACCUUGAAACAGCGUCAGACUCUUCGUUCAGUCCCAGUGACUGAGGCUCACUAUACGUGGAAAGACGUGAGUACACGCUUCUGGGUGUACGGCUUUGAACACGAGGUCCAUGCACCAGAUUACCCACACCAAUGCUGCUGGGGAUGCAGUGUGCUGUAGAACAACCUACCAGGGCCCAAUUUCAUAGAGCUGUUUAAGACCCAUAAGACACUUUUCGGUAAACAGUAUGUUC